CACCGGGGGAGGCGGGCAGGCAGGCUGGAAGGAAGGAACCGCAUCUGUCGCCUCACAUCUCGACGAUUCACUCACUCACUCACGGGACUGGACUCGAUUUUUUUCCCCACUCGAUCCUGAUUGAAAUCAAUGAAGGAGAGACGCUCGUGUCAGAAAUUGUCUCUGAAAUCCGGCAUGGAUCCCAGUCAGAGCGUGAAGUGUAAGAUAGUGGUGGUGGGGGACAGCCAGUGCGGGAAGACUGCGCUGCUUCACGUGUUCGCCAAGGACUGUUUCCCUGAGAGCUACGUCCCCACGGUGUUUGAAAACUACACAGCCAGUUUCGAGAUCGACACGCAGAGGAUCGAGCUCAGCCUGUGGGACACCUCAGGAUCUCCCUACUACGACAACGUGAGGCCUCUCUCCUACCCAGACUCUGACGCUGUUCUCAUCUGCUUCGACAUCAGCCGCCCCGAAACGCUCGACAGCGUGCUGAAAAAGUGGAAAGGGGAAAUCCAGGAGUUUUGUCCCAACACUAAGAUGCUGUUGGUUGGAUGUAAAUCAGACCUGCGCACUGACUUGAGCACACUGGUGGAGCUUUCCAACCACAGACAGACACCAGUCUCUUAUGACCAGGGUUCCAGCAUGGCCAAGCAGAUCUCGGCGCCCUACAUCGAGUGCUCGGCCCAGCAGUCGGAGAACAGCGUCAGAGACAUUUUCCACGUGGCCACGCUGGCUUGCAUCAACAAAAACAACAAAAACGUCAAGCGCAGUAAAGCCGCCCGCGCCAACAAGAGGAUUUCGCACAUGCCCGGUAGGCCCGACCUGGCCGCCGUGGCCUCGGACCUCCGGAAGGACAAAGCCAAAAGUUGCUCGGUCAUGUGACUGGUCAGACUGAGGGGGAUUAGACUGAGGAGAAUGAGGACAGAGCACAGUGCAAGCAGGAAUCUACGGGGCAGCGCUCUUUCCUGCAUGUUAACGACCCCUUAUUUGUCUGGAAAGGGGUUUUAUAAGCUUCAAUUCAUGUACAUGUUACUGGAAUACUCUGCACCAAUGAAAACUCAAUGCGUAGUAGCGUCCCAAUCCAUGUGGCCCCCCCGCCCUAUCAGACGAGGAAGCUAUCUGUCAGCGGGCUACCUGCUCGGGGAAGUGACCCGCUUCCUCUGGGAGGACGGAGCGGAUGCGGUCGAGGCUUCCCACACCGACAGGAAAUGAGGCAGGAGGAGUGAUGUCAUUAGGAGACGCUCAUUUGUAAAGGAAGGGUUUAAGAACAUGUGAUCUUUUGAAUGAGAGCCAAAGGCGGCGAUGGGGGUUUGCUGCCUGUGAAGACAAAAAAAAAAAAAAAAAAGAGGAGCUGCUGUAGUUUGUGCUGGAUCAAAAACUUUUUGCUCGGAGGGCUUAUACAACAACUCGUCACUGUGGUUCAGAACUGAUUCACUCUCACUCCUGCUCCUGUAACUGACAUUAGAGGAGGAAUUUCUUAGUCCUGCGCGAAGGAAACCUGACGCUGUGUGUCCCCCUGUCUUUGAUAUGUCGUCAGUAUAAUGUGAAGUCAUUGGUGUGUAACUGCGUCAUUGUUUUAUUUUAGCUUUUCAUCCUGUUGAGUUUCAGCCUCCAGCAGCUGAUCCUAGAAGCCGAACGAUUAACGGCAACCGAGCUGUCUGAGUUUAAAGCUGCAGGUUUGUAUGGGUCAGAGUCAGGCAGCCAUUCUGUAUCUGUUUGUUUCAACAGCUAUAGAUGGAGAACGACUCUCUGAAGACAGAUUAUCCUGACUGUUCUCCACACUGACGGCUUUAUGGACCGUCUGGGUGAAACUGGGGUGCCAUAACCAAAAAGGCUCAAACUGUAUUCAGCCUCUAGCGUUUGGCCGAAUGAUUCCUACAGACCAUGAGAUAAACAGAUAAAACUCAACCCUUCUUUUUUUUUUUUUUACCAAUUUCUAAUCACUCCUUUGAAAUUAGAAAACAGAGAGAACACUUAACGAGUGAAAGUUUGGCUAAUUGUUUCAAACGAGGACGUCCUAAUAGGCUGGCAGCCAGUUUGAGCUGUGACUCACUUUCCCACUGCACUUUAGAGAGGGAGUGCAAAUGAAAGCAACAAUUAAAGCUUGUUUAUUAGUCCCUGAAAACAUCAGAGCUCUAUGCUUUGCAUGUCUCUCUGUUGUUAGGUAAUAUCUUCAUAAAGGCCCAGUAACAGCAGCAUCCCUGGCCGGUGUGUUCGUGAUUAGCUUGCCGUUACAGUAGUUUACGAAUGAACUCAAAUGGAAAAUCUGUUCUUGAAUUUGUGGUUUUCUUCUAAACAGUGGAAUUAAGAAGCUGUUUGAACAUCAAAGGUAUUGAUGCACUUUUAAUCUAACUCUCAAACUUUCCCAUUAUCUUGUCCCAGUGACCAGUGACCCAACUCUUCAUUUUCUGAUCUGUUGUCUCUUCCCCGUGUACAUGAUCAUGUUUUCUUGAAUGUUGAUGUCACCUUUCGAAAUGUCUUUGCCAAUGUCGUUGCAACAAUAUUUAUUGAAUUAUAUAUUUUCCCUUUAGAAUAAAUGCAAAUGGAAUCGAA